GUUCCAUCUCUUUUUGCGUUAAAUCCUAUUUUUUUGCAAUUUUAAAUCAACAUCCAUAAAUCACAAUGGGUAAAGUUCACGGAUCCCUUGCUCGUGCCGGUAAGGUCAAGAAUCAGACGCCCAAGGUCGAGGCUCAGGAUAAGGCAAGAAGCUCACUGGCCGCGCCAGCAAGCGUGAGAAGUACAACCGUCGCUUCGUCAACGUCACCCUCCUCCCGGAGGCAAGCGCCGCAUGAACCCCGCCCCCAUCAAGUAAAUUCUCUAGAGAUUAAAUAAAAUACUUCCGCGGUCUGGGAAAAAAACACUAUUUUUUGUGGAAAAGCCAGCAAUUGAACAAGUAAAACUUUUCUUGUUUUUGUUUUGCUGAUGG